CCGGCGCAGCUCCUGAAGGCGGUCGGUGGCCGUGUCAUGGAUCGCAAUCCCUCGCCGCCGCCGCCCAGUCGGGACAAGAACGAGGAGGAGGAGGUGGCCGGAGGAGACUGCAUCGGCAGCACGGUCUACAGCAAGCACUGGCUCUUCGGCGUCCUUAGCGGGCUCAUCCAGAUUGUUAGCCCUGAGAACACCAAAUCCGGCUCAGAUGAUGAUGAUAAAUAUCAGAUGGAGCUUGAUGAAGAAAUGGAGAAUGAAAUUUGCAAAGUAUGGGAUAUGUCAAUGGAUGAGGAUGUGGCUUUAUUUCUCCAAGAAUUUAAUGCCCCUGACAUAUUUAUGGGAGUACUGGCAAAAUCCAGAUGUCCUCGAUUAAGAGAAAUCUGUGUGGGAAUUUUAGGUAACAUGGCCUGUUUCCAGGAAAUAUGUGUGUCCAUCAGCAAUGAUAAAAAUCUUGGGCAGGUAUUGUUGCACUGUUUGUAUGAUUCAGACCCUCCCACUCUGCUGGAAACAAGCAGGUUGUUGCUCACUUGCCUUUCCCAGUCAGAAGUGGCCAGUGUCUGGGUUGAAAGAAUCCAGGAAUAUCCAGCUGUUUAUGACACCAUUUGCUUCAUUAUGUCAAGUUCAACAAAUGUUGAUCUGCUGGUGAAAGUGGGGGAAGUUGUGGACAAGCUUUUUGAUUUGGAUGAGAAGCUGAUGUUGGAAUGGAUAAAAAAUGGGGCUGUUCAGCCUCUGGACCAAUCCCAGGAAGAUUCUAAAGAGCAGCCAGUGUUUAAAAUUGUGCCCUGUGUACUUGAAGCUGCCAAACAAGUACGCUCUGAAAAUCCAGAAGGGCUCGAUGUUUACAUGCAUAUCUUACAGCUGCUUACCACUGUGGAUGAUGGAAUUCAGGCAAUUGUACAGUGUCCUAAUACUGGAAAAGACACUUGGAAUUUACUUUUUGACUUGGCCUGCCAUGAAUUCUGCCAGUCUGAUGAUCCACCCAUUGUAAUUCAAGAACAGAAAACAGUGCUAGCUUCUGUUUUUUCAGUGUUGUCUUCCAUCUAUGCUUCACAGGCUGAACAGGAGUAUAUAAAGAUAGAAAAAGAGCUUCCUCUAAUUGACAGCCUGAUUCGUGUUUUACAAAAUGUGGAGCAUUGUCAGAAGAAACCAGAGAACUCAAUGGACUCUAACACAGAAGAAACUAAAAAGUCUGAUUUAACCCCAGAGGAUUUCCACUUGAAAAUCUUAAAGGAUAUUUCAUGUGAAUUUCUUUCUAAUCUUUUUCAGAUAUUAACAAAGGAGACUGUAGCUCAGGGACUAAAGGCGGGGCAUUUAAGCAAACCGAAGUGUUCCUGUGUAUUUCAAAACCUCCUUCCUUUCUAUAGCCCUGCAGUGGAAGACUUUCUCAAAAUCCUACAGGAAGUUGAUAAGACCCUUGCUGAUGACCUGGAAGAAAGCUUCCCAAGUUUGAAGGUUCAGACUUAAAAACUGAAUUGGAAUUUCUUCUGCCCAAGAGAUAAACUUUAUUUUCUUCACUGACAGUUGAAAUUCACAUACAGGAAAUAUUAUAUAAGCUUAUAUUAGACCAUAAUUGUCUUCGUAUUACUCGCUUACUCUUUUCCCACCCCAGCCUUUUAUUUGGCAUUGAAGUGAGACUUUUUACCACCAUCAAACCCCACCCUCCUUAUUUUUUAUUGGUUAUGUGAUGUUUGUCAUCUUCAGGUAAAGAAAACAAAAACACAAGUGUAUCCUUGAGGUCCUUUUUAGGAUAUUUGAGGGUUUGGCAAGGAUUUUCUUCAUAACUCUUUUUUUUUUUUUUAAGAGAAAAACGUUGGGUUCAUAACUCUUAAUUGGACUUUUAUGUGAGAAUUUUGUAUUUGUAACUACUACAAAUGCAUUCAGCUGCACUAAUAGAAAACCGAGCUGCAGCAGUUUAACCCACUAGAUUUCUUAGGUAAUAAGAAAUCAAGAGGUGGGCAGUCCAGUCCUGAUCUGGUGGCUCAGGGAUCCCUGACUCCUUUCCCUUCUCUGUGUGGUCCGCUGUGGAGACCUUGUGCUCAUGUUUAUUGUCUUGUGGUUAAGGAGGCUGUAUCAUCUAUGGAUUUUGCUUCCACAUUCAGGGAGGAAAAGGAGAAAGAGGCAAAUGGACUUUCUUCUUGAAAGUCUUUACCUUUUUAUUGGGAAAGGACAGCCCUCCCAUGCCAGAACAUGUCACGUAGCUAUCCAGGACUACUACUAUUUGAAAUCAAGAACUUUUUUCUUUCUAGUCUGUGUAGGAGAGAAAGCAAGAGAGAAGGGAGCUAUGAAGGCUUAUUAGAUAGCCAAUCCAUGAUGUUUGUCAUAGUAUACAAAUAUAUCUUAGCUGUUUAGUGAAUGUUAAUUGUGUUGAUUCUGUUCCAGAUUGUUAACAACUCAAAAGCAGUUAUUAGUUUAGCUUUGUUACAGUUCAGUUUUUUUCAGUGUAUGUUUGCAGAUAGAAAUGCUAACAUUUUGAUGAAAGUGCAUUAGCAAAAUUCUCUAUUUUUAGCCUAAUCCCAGUGGUUCAACUUCAGAAAAUGAUUUCCUUGAGUGAAUUCAGAUUGAGGGAAUUUAAUAACUUCUGAUUAUUUACAAAGUUUGCUAUACAUGAUUUUUCCUCUCAUAUUUUUAUCAUUCUUUAUAGUGUUUCCCAAUGAAGUAUAUUCAGAGAAUCAACCAGGUGCAUUUCUGGAAGCGUCUGGUUUGCAUUAUUUCAGAUGCUGAAAGUGGAAUUGUCAGUAGAUUUAAAAAAAAUACCAGCUUUAAGUAACAAAGCCAGCUUUUUAAACAGCUUUUCUGGUACAGACCCUUCUCAUUUUAUUGCAGGAUCUUUGGCUUGAAAGCACUGGUCUUGCCUUACAUUUGGUAUUCUUUACUUGAAUGACUUUUGCUGAUAAAAAAUCAUAGCAUUAUUUUGCAUAGCAUUAUUGGGAAGAGAUAUACAGUUUCCAGUUUGGAGGUAGUUUUAUUGUUGAAAAUGUCCCUGCUAAGAAGAAUUAAAUUGUAUAAUUAAAAUCUUAUCAUUGAAACUCCAGUCGGUAGGUUUACUUUAUAUAUAUUUGCAUGUCUUCAGUGCUGACCUUAUCUACAGGCUGAACAUGACUGUUUGUAACAUGAGAUUUCAAAAGCUCUGAUGAAAUCACCCCUACCUGCUAGCCAGUGCUGAAAAUGCCAUUCUCACUGUCUCUUGAAGUUUAAGGUUAAGAUGCUAAUAACCCUAUAAGAAUAGUACUCCAUGUUAUUAGUCAUGUGUUCCUCAUUGCAUAUGACUUUCACAUUUUGUUUUCCUGAGAACACAUUUUGAAGGGGGCAGCCUAAGGAGCUUAGCUAUCUCUGUGAAAGAGUGCUACUCAAAGCCCAUAAGUUACAAAGGGAGAGAAAAGAUGUAUUGUAGGAAGGCUAGAGAUGUCUAAGUUAUUUUCUGCUUCUCAUUUCUGCCUUGAACCUGCCUUGUUUACUUGCUACUGUCAUAACAUUAUGAGGUGGUACAUAUUUUCAUAGUUUUGAUAUGUUUGAAAAAUUCCUAAAUCUAUAAAUUAUAAUAAAUUUAAAAAAUAUA